AACGGGCAUUCUGCUUUAGUGACUGCACUCGCAGUUCCGAGAUGCCACGAGGUGGCAAGAAGAAUGCUGGUUCUUGGUCAAGAAGUAGAAGAGCAGAUGCUGAAGAUUUCAUCUGUAAAAGGCAAGAUGAAAGGCGAAGAACAUCAAGUCCUGGCUCAUCCGCGUCUUCUAGAUGUAAACGUCGGUGGGGGAUCCUUCGGAUCGGCUUUACAUUUAGCGGUACUCACCUUCGACGUCUUUUGCGUGCAGAAGUUGUUGGCUCUACAUGCUGAUCCGAAUUGCAGGGACGCCGAUGCGAAUACACCCCUGCACAUACUGAUGUCGAUAUUUUCUAGAGGAGAAGUGGAUUUUGACGAGGUAAGACAGAUGACUCAGGCCGGUCGUGCACAGCAGAGGAAAAUGUUCAUGCAGAUGGACAUGGAAGGUGCACAACUACGAAGUCAAGUUGGAGGUGGAACAGGUCUGCCUGGAGAAGGCGUCGAUGCGAAAAACAAAAUAACUGACGGCAUCAGCACAGCAGUCAAUAAAGGACGGAUCAUUCUUCGUCGUGCUACACCUGGAAUCGAAGAGCAGGGGACUCAAAGUCAAAGAACUGAGACAAACGAGGGAGGUAGUUCAACUAGAAGAGCCCUUACCACUUCUUCCAGAGUCCAAGGAACUCAAAGUCCUGUGGUCUUCCAACAAG